AUGCAACAGCGCGCGCGCAUUGCAGAGGCCUCCUUCCGGGACCCCGAACCGUACGGCCCGACGUCGACAGAGGAGGGGGACACCCAAGACUUUUACCAGACUACUUGCGACGACCGAGGAGCCCUGGAUCCGAGUCUUACCCACAUCAGCUUUCUACAGUCUACCCAGACAUUCAAGUGUCAGGGACCCCCAAACCAAGCUAGUCACAAACUGCAAAAGGGGGAGCUAAAGAUUGCUGAUAUUUGUGAAUUCACACAAGAAAAACAUAGGCCAAGAACAGCCCUUGCUGCCACCAGCGUGGGAACUUUGUACUGUGUCCCGUUCUUAGUGCUUAAAUGUCCCAACCUGAAGCUGAAGAAGCCGCCCUGGCUGCACACGCCGUUGGCCAUGACUGUGUAUGCUCUCGUGGUGGUGUCUUACUUCCUCAUCACCAGAGGAAUCAUUUAUGAUGUUAUUGUUGAACCGCCAGGUGUUGACUUUAUGACUGAUGAACAAAGGCAUCAGAGGCCAGUAGCUUUCUUGGCCUACAGAGAAGGUGGACAACAUAUUACGGAAGGACUUGCAUCCAGCUUCCUGUUUACAAUGGGAGAUUUAGGUCUCAUAAUCCUGGACCGAUCGAAUACACCAAAUAUCCCAAAACUCAAUAGAUUUAUUCUUCUAUUCAUGGGAUUUAUCUGUGUCCUAUUGAGUUUUUUCAUGGCUGGAGUAUUCGUGAGAAUGCAACUGCCGGGCUAUUUGAUACAGAGUCUUCCUCUGUCGCCCAGGCUGGAGUGCAGUGGCGCAAUCUCAACUCACUGCAACCUCUGCCUCCCG